AUGACAUACACGCAGGGAACCUCUCCCUGGCGUCGGCUUUACUUUAUUCUUGCUCUUUGUCUAGUUUACUUGCAGACCAAAUCCUUGGCGCCAUUGAUUGCCGACCCGCCAAUCAAGGCCGUCGUGUACAUGCAUGCAUUUCUACACGCGUUUCACAUUCUGAACCUUCUCUUAAUCCUGAAGGUUGACAAUCUAGACUAUCAAAAGAAGAUACUGGCGCAGCCGUGCGAAAGCCGGGGGAAGAAUUUGUUGUCGGCACUGUACCUGUUACUAAGUUACCGCGGUAUUCAGACUAAAUGGCAAGCAAAGAACACCCCCAUGUUCCCACUCUACUUUAGCGGCCGGGCUACCAUCUGCAGUUUGCGAUUUUGUUUGCGACAGUGUGUGAUUUCGCUGUGGCAACUCGUCGUAUUUGGACACUUAGUCUUGGCUUCACAACAACUGGUGCCUGCCAAGACAACCUGCGGAUACAUUCUCGCUGCGCUCGUGGAUCACAGUGGACUGAAUAUUGGUCUUUGGGUGGUGAUGUGGGUUACCCUUGCCCGCAUAGUGAUUGACAGUACCUAUCGGCUAGCUAGUGUGGUUUUUGUAGCCACUGGCAUAUGUGCACCUGAAACCUGGCCGCCAUUUUUCAAUAGCGUGUUUGAUGCGUGGACAUUACGACGGUUCUGGGGACGAUACUGGCACCAGUUGUUGCGUUGGCCUUUCACCGCGGCAGCUACUAUCUUUGUCGAGAAUAUAUGUCGCCUGUCCAAGCCGGGCCUCUUGGAACGAUACCUACGUGUGUUCUGUGUCUUCACGCUCUCUGGCGUUCUUCAUUCAAUAUUUGAUAUCUGCAUUGGUGUACCUCUCCAGGAGUCCGGUGCCUUCCGUUUCUUUUGUGGUUUUACACUGGGUUUCAUGAUUGAAGACGGCGUUCAGAGCCUGUGGGCUCAUAUGCUGGGGAAGUCGAAAGGACUGGCUCUUGAGAGCGAGGAGAGGAUAGAAGCUGAGGUUGACGGAGGGAAGACCGCAACACCCUUAUGGCAAAAGGUUGUGGGGUAUAUUUGGGUGUGCACCUGGCUUUCCAUGACAACGGGCCCAUAUAUACAGCCAUUGUUUAGUAGACUAUGUCAGCACGGCGUCGCAGAUGACUUUGUCAGAUUUAUUGAACUAGUUAACCACUCGGCAAGCAUGAAGGACGUCAGCAUUGCUGCCCUAUGUAUUUGGUUGACGUUUGGCCCAUUCAUGUGA